AUGGCGCCCCUUGAAUGCUCGGUGCGCAGUUUGCAGGAGCUGCCAGAAAUAGAACAGCAAGACGAAAAGGACGCGAGAAGUGGACCAGGAAGUAGCACACCGUGGGCAUCAGUGUUUGUGAAGACAGACGGCCGCUUCAAGGACUCUCAGCAGGCGUACGCAGCUGGCUACGCCGAGGGCUCGGCCACCAGCCUUAUGACUGAUCAGCAUUAUGCCAACAUAUACGGGAACUACUGCGACUCUGAUCCGACGUUCUGCAACCGGCUGUUCGCUUUCUACAGGGCCAAUCUACAGUCGCUGCUCGAGAACGCUGUCCAGUACGGCGAUAAAGACCCCUUCUGGCAUCAGGUCGAGCUAGCCAUCCUGCAGAUUUCGGGCAUGCAGCGAGGUUUGACUGGAGCAACAAGCAUUCGCUACGACCCGCAUGAAUUACCCACCGACUUCGAAAGGCUGGUGUAA